AUGCUUCUCAUGAUCUCCGCACAGAUCUGUCUCCACAAGCACAUCUCGAGAACAGUCGGUGAGUUUGAACACUCGUCUUUGCAAUCCACUUUUGGAUGGGACUCCGCUAUAUCUUUCCCUAAGGUUCUUGGAGAUGUGAUACAAUCUUUAGCCGGAGCGGUAUUUGUGGACUCGGGUUACAACAAUGAAGUAGUGUUUGCGAGUAUAAAACCGCUCUUGGGUGUUAUGAUAACUCCGGAGACUUGA